AGAAGCCGAGACUCUCAGAGCAACUGAUGAAUGCGUCGAGAUCGAGCCUCUGCUGGUGGUAAGUGGUCAGUGGUAACCUGGUAACCGGUAGGGCGACAAAGUACUACACCGGAAGAGUGGGCGGAAUGAGACCAGUCCGUCAGGAAUGCUGCAACUGCGACUGCGACUGCGAGUGCAAUUGCUUGCUUUUGAGUUGUCCUUCAAGGGGAAAAAGCAACAAGCGCGGAUCCCCAUGCAUUCUCCCCAAUUGGCCUGCGUCGGCGCGGUAGACUGCAUCUCCCCAUCUUGCUGUCAUGGGCAAUCGGGCGUAUGGAUGGACAGUCUCUCUUCUGAUGGAGUCGCAAGCUGGACGGGCCCGGCGGUCGUCGAGGCUUCGAGCCGUUUCAAGAUCCGCCCAGUUCGUCUCCAUUCAAAUCCCCAUCGCUCAUCACACCUUCUGUACCGUUUUCGGAUACUGGCAUGAGUUUGUGUCCAGCACACGCCUCCCUUUGCUGCCAUCUCUCCGGAACAAGGUUGUCAACGCUCAAUGCUCUCCAGGGAUGGCCGUAGUCAAUUUGGCUUUGGAGGUCCUCUCCACUUUGGCUCAAGGCGGCCACACACUCUUUGUUUCCUGUUUGAUUCUGAUUCUCUCAGAAGCUCCAUCUCUGCAUGCAAUCAAGCGGCAAGCCUCACCUUUUUCCUCCCCCCAAAACCCUGUGCUCGCAUUGUCUUCUUUUAGAAAAAAUUUUUUAGCAACUCUCUCCCCAGCUUGCUGUUCGCUUUGUCUGCGUCCUUUUCAGCAUUUCCACAUUCCAAUUGCUGUUCUCAUCUUCCCAAGCCUAAUCGCUCCUUGUCUGAUUCCAGUAAGAAUAAGACGAACAACGGAGCAAAAGAUCAAAAGCCAGUCUAUCGACAUACGGCAGGAAUAUUUCCUACUAUUGAUCUAUUAUUCCGGCACAUAAUCAUUGCCCCUUCUGGGACCCGUGAUUGGCGGUCGACCAUUCCUAUCUGCAGGCAUCCUCUCUUCCUCGUCGGUUGAUCGACCCGACAACGGGCUGGGUAUCGCUAGCAGCGCCUUGCGUGAGGACUUGCUCG